CAGUAAACACUUCUUAGAAAACAUACGAUCUUACAACAGUAUGUUUUCAUUUACAUCGAUGGGGGGGAGGGUGGAGGCAAAUGUCAAUAGGGGUAGAUCUCCUCCCAUUUUCAAAUUGCAUGGCCAAAAUUAUCAUCUGAUUGGUAGUUUGUUACCUCCUCCCGGUGCUAGGCCUAAAUUUGCACAGUUGUAUAUAUACGACACCGAAAAUGAGGUUGAGAAUAGGUUUUCAUCUGUGAGUGACGGUCAUGAUAAGAGGAGGUUGCAUGAGGGAAUAGUUGUUGGAUUAACUCAGAUGCUCAACGAACAUAACGUUUUGGUCAAGUCCUUUCGACUAGCCAAAGAAAUGAUUGAAAGAAAUGGUGCCACAAAUGUGCGGUUGAGGCUUAUAGGAAAUCGUUGUGGGGAUGCCCGAACGUACAAUUUGCCUUCGGUGUCAGAGGUGGCUGCUUUGGUCGUCGGUGAUUUUGAUGAAUCACUAGGGGAGAGAGACAUAUUGGUUCAAACUCAAACUGGAGCGCUUCAGAGGAUUAACGAGUUGCAUCCGACAUAUUUUGGCCUUCAGUAUCCGUUAUUGUUUCCUUACGGAGAGGACGGUUAUCGUGAGGAUACAUUGUUAUCCACAUCUGAUGGUUCUGCUGUUGGCGGCAGGAAAAGAG